AGUUUUAAAAGCUGGCAACGCGUUCAAUAUUUUACGCGCAUAUUUAUUUACAAAUUGAAAUAUGUAAAUAAUAUUAUUUCGAUCGAAUACUAAAAUAUAAUUUCAGAAAAAUCUUAAUUAUUGUUAGAAAAUUCAGUUGUUUCAACAUGUCCAAAAGAAAAGCCCUCACAGCAGAUGAAAAACAAGUCAAACUAUUGGAACUUUUCCAUGAAACGAAUGACGUCUAUCAGUUGAAAGAUUUGGAACGUUUGGCUCCUCAAGAAAAGGGUAUAGUAAUGCAAUCGGUUAAAACUACUUUACAAGAAUUGGUAGAUAAUGGUUUAGUGCAAAGUGAAAAAAUAUCAGGCAGCUUGUACUACUGGUCAUUUCCCAGUGAAAACAUUAAAAGAUUGGAAAAACAAAUAAAUGACGUCGAAUCCAAAACCCUUAAAAUAGAACAGCGCUUACAAACCACACAGUCUCAAUUAAAAAAUGCUGAGGAUGCUUUGGAGGAUUUGACAACCGUUGAAGUUAUCACAAGAGAAAUUGCCGUAUUAAAGGAGGAAAAAGAAACUUUGGAAAAACAACUUCAGCAAUUUCAACACGAGGUAGACUAUGAGGAAUUAAAAGCGAAAGAAUGUGACACAAAAAAAUUGCUGGAAGCCGCCAAUCGUUGGACUGACAAUGUCUUCAUGACAAAAUCAUGGUGUAAACGUAAAUUUGACAAACAGGAUCGAGAGCUAAACAAAGCGUUUGGUAUACCGGAAGAAUUGGAUUAUGUUGAUGUCUGAGGGAGAACAAUUUACUUACUUACCAC